CUCGCUGCUUUCGGAAUAUAAUGAUUGAAUGGGUAGGCUGUUUGAUUGUGAAUUUGUGAAACGACAUUUUAUUCUAGUGACCUGACACAGUUUUAUUGGAUUCAUAGAAAUGAAGAAUAGACUGCAGUAAUGACUACUGAAAACCCAUAGGGCGAUACAAGUUGGAGCAGUUUUUGGUGUACAUUUAUUCUUGUCCCAUAUUUAAAGUUGAACUUCUGAGAUUUUUGCGAUAGAGAUGCUGCAAGGCGAAUUCUGGUCACUGCUGUGCAGAGGUCGUAAGAAAAAAAUUAUAACGUUAAUAAUAAUAUUGAUAUUUUUAAUAAAUGCGAUGUUGUAUGUCAGUAUGGAAUUAUACAAUACCAUAAGAAGAAACCGUGAAGAUUGGAGUAAAAAUUGGCAAAAUGAACAGUCAAACACAGAAAAAGGUGGCAUGAGAGUAAUAGUUGGGCACUAUAUUGGAGGCUUUGGUAAAGGCAACUUAUCUGAUGAUAUAAUAAAUAGUAAUAACUAUGCGCCAGUCAAAGGUGCCGGAGAAGGUGGUAGGCCAGUGCAGCUGGCUCAGCGGGAGCUCAUCACAGCAAGGGAAUUAUAUCAACUGCACUCCUACAAUAUUCUAGUCAGUGACAAAAUAUCCAUCAACAGAAGUUUGCCAGACAUGAGAAGUGACAGUUGUAAGAGUGUGGAAUUCAGCCUAGAUAACCUGCCGACGGCUACCGUCAUCAUAGUGUUCCACAAUGAGGCGUGGUCUACUCUGAUGCGUACGGUUAUGUCAGUUAUCAUGAGGUCCCCUAAGCAGCUGAUGAAACAGAUUAUCUUAGUAGACGACGCCAGUGAGAGAAGGUACUUAGAGAAAGAGUUGGACGAUGCCAUAGCCAAUUUGGAUAAAGUGGAGAUUAUUCGCAUGAAAGAACGCAAAGGGCUGGUGGGGGCUCGGCUGUUGGGAGCCAGGAAGGCCGAAGGAGACGUGUUGGUGUUUUUAGAUGCUCAUUGUGAGGUAACACAAGGUUGGCUGGAGCCUCUCCUCGAUCGGGCGGGAAGCGAUGACGUCUUCAUAUGCCCGCACAUAGACCUACUAUCCGAGGACACCUUAGCCUACACCAAGAGCAUCGACGCGCACUGGGGCGCUUUCAGCUGGAAUCUAUUCUUCCGCUGGCUCAACCCCAGUGCCGAAGUCAUGGCUCAGAAGGCAGAAAACCCUUCCAAACCUUACCCCACACCGGCGAUGGCUGGUGGACUUUUCGCAGUCAGGAAAAGCCUCUUCUGGCGCUUAGGAGGAUACGAUGAAGGUAUGCUUAUUUGGGGAGCCGAAAACUUGGAGCUGUCAUGGCGAGCCUGGCAGUGCGGCGCUCGAGUAGAAAUCACACCAUGCUCUCGAGUAGGCCACAUUUUUAGACGACACAGUCCUUAUAAAUAUCCAGGAGGCGUUAGUAAAGUUUUAAAUGUAAAUUUAGCUCGCGCAGCCACUGUGUGGAUGGACGAGUGGGCAGAUUUCUUUUUUAAAUUCAAUCCUAACAUAGCAGCUAUACGCGACCAACAAACCGUGUAUUCAAGGGUAGAGUUGCGGAAGAAUUUGAAGUGUAAAAGUUUUAAAUGGUAUUUGGAUAAUGUGUGGCCUCAGAAUUUCUUUCCGAGUGAUGAGAGAUGGUUUGGUAAGAUUAGGAGCGAUCUUGGUCCUUGUUUAGCGGUGCCGGAGCAGACGACGGGGCUCGCUGUACCAGCGAAGGGAGUGCCCUGUCGGAUUGACGAUAGAAGUUGGGACACGAUGGUCGUUUACACUCCUGAGGGUAAGAUUAUGGGUGAUGAGAAUUUGUGUUUAGAGCGUACCGAAGGUCGCGCCAUGUGGAAGGCUUGUAAAGAAACGCCGAAGCAGAUUUGGGAGCAGAAGGGGCCUAGGUUAAAAACAAAAGACGGUCUGUGCUUAUCGUUAGCGUUGAUCGAUAAACAAGCAGAUGGUUUUAGUGAUAUCAUCUCAACAAAGAAGUGUCGCGACAAAAUGCGUGACGCGGCGACAACGCAACAGAUCUGGCAUUUUGACCGAGUGCCUUGGCGGCAAAUGUGAUAUUAAAAGUACUUAAAUAAAAUUAAAAGUACAAUGUAAUUAAGAAUCUCAUUAUUUGUUUUUUCGUUUUAUCUCUUCGUACUUUUAUAUAUGGUUUUUAUGUUAAAUGUUUAUAAUGGAAAAAUUACUACAUAGUUUUAUGUUUUAGAUUACUUUUAGGUAAUCUAUUUUUGACAUUCCAUUGUAUAAAAUCUAGUAUUUAAUGUAUACUAUUAUUUAGAUACUCUUUCGGCGAUGUCUUAAAUAAGUUCAGUAGAUUUGUGUAGUACAUAUAGCGAUUUAUCACAUAGUACCUGUAUGUAUAUGUGUAAUUUAUUAAUUGUUUAUUGGUCAAUAUCUCAUACUAUUGGUGUAACCUACACCUCUACGGCUUUUGAAAUAUUUUUGUUUUUGAAUAUUUUCUUUAUAAACUUCAUAACAUUUAUCUUUAUUAUCUCUUUAACUUUGACCGCCUAACACGUCUAGCCCAAUAGCCAGAGUACAGUCGCCAUCAGAUAUAUCGGAGGGGCCGAGGUGCUCAAAAAUAUCUGAACACGCACUUAACGCCUUGACAAUAGAUGCGUGUUCAGAUAUUUGUGAGCACCUUGGCCGCUCCGAUAUAUCUCAUAGACUACAGUCUAAUGUACACAUUGAUCUGAUAGUUGCACUCCACUGCCAAUUUAUGUUUAAUUAAUUUUAUGAAAAAAAAACCUAAGUAAUUUUAAUAUCAACAGUACACAAUGAACGAAUAUUUGCAUUUAUUUUUGGAAUACUCAAUGCCAUAGGCCAGUUGUAUUACUCAUAAUUAUAUAUUAUUUAUAAUGUACAAAUUUUUAGAAGUAAAUUUAAUUAUGUAAUUUGCAACUAAGUAUCUAGUCUUUUUAGAUAGUUUGCAAUAAUAUAGUAUGCUUAAUGUAUAUGUAAUACCUAUUAGAAGUCUUAAGUCUAUUUCUCAUAUGACGGCAGCAAAUAACUCUCGAAUUUAAUAACAUAUCACUAAUUAUAUGAAAUAAUGUUAUUUUAUACACCUAAUAUAAACAUUACAUUCGAUGGACCUACUUACAUUAUAAUUAGUAUGAUUAAUAUAUCUUCCAUUUAAGUUUUAAACUGUGUUAAUUUAACAGUAAGUAAGCAAUAACGGUUGUGUGAUUUAUUUUAACAGUGAUAUUUUAAAACAAAUUAAAAAAUAUAUGUUAACAAUUAAAAAUACAAGAAGGUUGUAUAAUUUAUAAUAA